AUGAAUACCAAAAAACUUCGAGACUUUAAAGGUUAUGUAUAUUUUGAAGAGAAUUAUGCAAAAAUCAAUUUCCUUGGUAUAGAAGACAACUUUGACCUCAUCGAACCAAUUAGAGAAGAGAUCCAGUUGGGUAUUCCCAAACAACCCAUUGAUUUAUACAAUCAUUCACAAGAUGGCGAUGUCUUCUUGGACCCAACACAAAAGAUAGAUUAUGAAUUAGAAUUAAACUUCGAAAUCAACCUCAAACUGAACAAAGUAAGUAAUGAAAAAAAAGGUAUCAGAGUCAUAAAUCAUCUUUGGGCCGAACUCUUCGAACCUCUUUUACUAUCUGGCCACCCAAUCUACAUAUCGGCACGAUCAUCCUCGCUAGUUUAUUCAGAUAUUGUAUCUCCACAACCUCGAUGUUUUACACAAUUCUUUCGUAGAGCAGAUUAA